AGAAAAAUGGAGAAGGUAGUUCCAAAGCUUUUCUUCAUAGCUCUGUUCAUGUUCAUGCCAUUACUACACAGUAGUAGCAUUGAAGAAAAUAUAGAAUUGGACCAAUGGUUUCAGAAGCUCGACAACUCAAAACCGAAGCUGACCCGAUUCCACUUCUACUUUCACGACAUCAUUGCAGGCCCCGGCCAGACAUCAGUCAUAGCGGUCCCACCACCCAAGACCAUCAAGCCAUCCACCACCAUGUUCGGACAAGUCAGUGUGUUUGACAACCCGCUAACCAAGGGACCCGAACUCAUAUCCGAGCUUGUAGGCAGGGCUCAGGGGCUAUACAGUUACGCGUCCCAAGAAGAAUUCAGUCUACUUCAGGCCAUGACCAUUGUUUUCACCGGCGGCGAAAACAACGGUAGCAGUGUCACUAUUUUGGGGCGCAACUCAAUGUUUCAAUCCCGGCGAGAGUUUCCAAUUGUCGGCGGAACUGGUGAUUUCCGGUUGGCUCGUGGAUUUGCGUCGGCCUCGACCUAUAUUGCUAAUGUCAGUCUUGCUAUUGUGGAAUAUAAUGUUACGGUUAUACAUUAUUGAAUGAAAUAAUGAGAAUGCCGUGGUACUAGUUUAAUAAUACUGUUGUUCUGGUAAUGUGGUUGGACUAAUGCUACUCUUGGUACUCUAGAAUAUAAUGUCAUGGUUAUA